AUGAAAAUACAAGACAAGCUAGAGCAGAUAGCGUCCGGGUUCGAUUGGUCGGCGUCGGAUGACGAGGCGAGUGCUCUGGGACGGCAGGACGUCGAGUACCUAAAUCGCCAGUUUUCGAAGCGAAAAGACUCGCCAGAGCUCGUGGACAACGAGUCUGACGAGGAGUGGGUGGAUGAGGACGAAGAGUCGUAUGAUGAGUCUCUUGACGAGACCAUUGUUGAAUCCAGCGACGAAGAAAAAAUACAGGAACUGGACGUGGAGCCUCCUGCGUUCCUGAAAUCCAAAACUAUCGUAUACAUCAUCAAGACGUUUCCUGUGCUGGUAGUGAUAUUGUUCCUAAUGGUGAUUGCGCGUUUGGCAUCUGCUGGCAGCUACUACGAGAACACGGUGGAUCUGGGGCUUGUGCAUCACAAGUUCAGAGGCUUUGAGAAGAAGCUUGGCGAGAUCAACGAGAAAUUGGAGCAGCUUUCGAAUAUUAAUAAUGAUAGGCACAAAAUAGAGCUAAUCGAAGAGCAGAUACAGCAAUUGCAGAGGAAUGAGGAUGUUUCACAGCGCGAUGUCAGACAGGCCGUGCAGAACAUUGUCAUUGAGUUUCUCCAAGACUCCUUGGACAAGAAGCUGGAAGAACUAGUGUCCGACAAGAAGCUGGAGGAUUUAGUGUCUGACAAGAUGGAGCAUUUGGAGUCUGUCAUGCAAGAACGGAUUUCUCAGCUUGAGGUCCAGAAGCUGAAAGACGAGAUGUCGCAUGAGGUGCUGGAAAAGGUGGGUACUCAAAUGUCUUCCGUGAGUUCUCAGAUCGCGGCUCUUCAAUCGGCAGGCUACUCGGAGCAAGAGAUAGAGACUACGCUAUCGCGACUGGUGCAACAUGAGUUCAACCAGCGUCUGGAGCCGCGUGUUGCUGGCACUUCUAAUUACGCGAGCUAUGAUCGAGGCGCGCGGGUCUUGAAGAAGUACACCACCCUGCCGAAGCUGAAACGCGUCCGCACGAAAGUCGUUGACCGUGUUCUUCACGGCUGGCUUGAUUUCAUAAGGCGAACUGUACAGGGCCACAAGCGCACUUUGACGGGUCUGAACAAUGUCGAACUCACGAGCCCGGAAAACUCUCCGGCGAACGUUUUGGUGGACAGCACGCAGUACUGGCAGGCUCUGGCGCAGGACCUGCCGAUCACGUUUGGCGUCCAAUUGAGCGAGCCCGUUUACCUGCGUCAGGUCGGGCUAUAUCAUCCGCGCGUCUCCUCGUUUGCCGAGUGUGCUCCGCGCCACGUUUCGCUUCUAGUGGAGCCGGCCAACUCGAAACACGCAAAACUGCUACGAAACAAGCUGGCAGUUUACUACAACCAGGAUCUCGUGUUCUCUCAUCUCCGUGGGCUUGCCAAGGUGAGCGAGUUUGAGUUCCAGGCGCCAGGCGGCCAAAGCUACCAAACGUUCCCGCUUUCGCGCGAGAUCCUAAUGAUUCUGGACGAGUUCCCGGUGAAAAACGUCGUGCUGGUUGUCGAGGACAACUGGGGCCACAAGGACAUUGUGGUUCUGUACGGGCUGAAAGUGUUUGGGCUGAACGAGUUCGAGAUGAAAUCGACGAGAGUGACGAGAUCCGACGAAAUAAUUAAUCUGGGCGAAGAUAGUGUAUUUUAG